AGCCACCGGCGCCGAGUCGACAGCUAAUGAUCAGUGUUGCCUUGUCUACCAGCCAGUGCGUUGCGACAUUGUGAACCGUGUUCAACUGUUUACACAAGCUAAGGUUCUUCGUGAGUGUUUGUUUAGUUCCAACGUUUACACUUCAUACACGUGAAUAUGGCAGACAGUGGUCUCAAGAGGAACAUACCUAUCAAGUUGGGAGAUUUUUCAGUCAUCGAUACUGAAUUCUCGAGCAUUAGGGAGAGAUUCGACGCUGAAAUGCGCAAAAUGGAAGAAGAAAUGAGCAAGUUCCGCUCCGAAUUAAUGAACAGAGAAAGCAACAACUUCUUCAAGAGUACUACAAGCUCCACCACAUCGACGGCACACAGUGACAGCAGACAGCUGGCAGAGCCCAGUCACUGGGACAGUCUCAACUCGCCGCUGAUCCAGGACGAAGGCGAUGGCAAGUCUCUGAAGCUUCGUUUCGAUGUCAGCCAAUACAGUCCUGAGGAAAUCGUCGUCAAAACCGUCGAUAACAAGUUACUGGUUCACGCUAAGCACGAGGAGAAGUCGGAGACCAAGUCCGUGUACCGGGAGUACAACCGGGAGUUCCUGCUGCCCAAGGGAACCAACCCCGAGGCCAUCAAGUCGUCCCUGUCCCGGGACGGGGUCCUCACGGUGGAGGCGCCCCUGCCCCAGCUGGCCAUCACCGACAGACACAUCCCCAUCCAGAAACACUGAGCAUCUCGAAGCAGUCAAAUGGCAGCAGCUAUUCCAUACUACUGUUAAUUAUUUAUUAUAUCUACCUAACUUACGAUUAUAACUUGCAAGAGUUAACUUGAGACUUCGCUGGUGUGUCGUAAGGAGUGUGGCCCUGGGAACAGAGCUGUCAACGGGCGCGAGUCGCGGCCGAGUGUCUACAGUUAACUCUUGCUUAUUGAACGUGUGAGAGGAGAUCUAGAUAUUUAUUUUUCAAUCUUAAUUUUAAUGAAUCUCAAAGAUUAUUGGACGAGUAUGUACUGAAAAAUUUAAAAUUUGUUUGAUAUUAUAAAAGGUACAUAUUUAUAUAAGCAAUACUGCUACAGUUGCUAUUAUUUGUUGGCACUGUUAUUGACUCGAGUCGAAGCUUCCACUGUGAUUGUUACAUUUUGUGCACAUUUGAGUGCAACCGCUGGUUUUGAUAUUCCAGAGUUCCAGACCGAUAUUAAUGCAAGUGUUGAUAAGUGGUUGGCCAUUAUAUUAAGUGUUUUGUACAAUUCCGGCCUUCAAACGCCGCACACUGAGCUUACAAAUCAUGUUCAUAAUUUAUUGAAUAAUACUUUAUUAAAAUUAAUUAACUAUAAAAGUUAAAUGCCUUAACGCCAAUUUACAAAAGUCCAUUCACUUAAUUUUAGGCAAUUAAUAUAUUAUCUAGUAGUAGACACCUACGAUAAGUAUUUUGAAAUCAUAAAACAGCUUUUUAAAGUUUCAUACUAAUGGAUACACCUUUAUAUUUUAGUACAAAAUUUGUUACAAAUGUUUAGAUGUCAAUAUAAAAUAAAAAGCA